CCAUUUUGUUUGAAUUCAAUAUGGCGUACAUUAAGAAGAAUCCGGACGCUCUUAAACCUUUACAGGUUGAAAUUAAAACCCAGGAGCAAUGGGAUGAACUUUUAUCAAAGGAAGGCUUGAUAGUGGUAGAUUCCUAUUCAGCUUGGUGUGGUCCAUGUAAAGCUAUUGUUAGUUCCUUCAAGAGACUUAAGAAUGAACUGGGAGAUGACCUGCUUGUGUUUGCAACUGCUGAAACAGAUUCCAUCAAUUCUUUGGAAGCUUACAAAAUGAAAAGUCAACCAACAUUCCUGUUCUAUGCUGGUGGCCUUCUGGUAAAUGUUGUUAGAGGAUGUAAUUGCCCUCUCUUGAUUAAGACGAUUCGAGGUGAACUUGAACAAGAACACAAAGUUAUUGAUGGAAAGAGUGAAAGAGUUCCAUUUGUUGAUCAAGAAGCCUUCAAAGAAACAGUUUUUGAGGAGAAAAAAGAUGAAGAAAAGGAGAUUGAGGAUGAGGAAGAGGAAAUAGUGGAAAUUCCCAAACAAGUUACUUUUGCCAUCAUUAAACCUGAUGCUGUUAAAGCUGGACUUGUUGAUGAGAUUAUUCAGAAGGUUGAAGAGUCUGGUAUGGAGGUUCUCAAGAAAGAAGAAAAAACUUUGUCAAAGGAUGAGGCUGCAGAAUUUUAUAAGCAACAUGAAGGAUCUGAACACUUUGAUCAACUGGUUGAAUUUAUGACUAGUGGCCCAUGUAUGACUCUAUUGUUAAGCAAAGGUGGUGACUCUGAUAUUGGUGAUGGUACAAUUGAAUAUUUCCGUGAUCUUAUCGGUCCAAAAGAUGUGAACAUUGCUAAGGAGGAGGCACCAACAAGCCUGCGAGCUCUCUAUGGUACAGAUACUGUGAUGAAUGCAGUACAUGGGUGUGAUUCUGCUGAAAGUGCAGCCAGGGAGCUUGCAUUUUUCUAUCCCGAUUUUGUGGCUCCUACUGUUACACAAAAGAGAAAGAAGAAGAGGUUACAAAGGACUCUUGCUCUUAUCAGGCCUGAUGCUCUUCGCACCCGUAGAGAUUCCAUCAUUAGAAAGAUUGAAGAGUCAGGAUUUACUAUUGCCAUGUCAAAGGAAAUGGCACUGUCAAGAGAUCAAGCAGAAGCCUUUUAUGCAGACCAUAAAGAUUCUGAAUUCUUUGAGUCUCUUGUUGAUAACAUGACCAGUGGUCCAAUGAUGGCCUUAUGCCUUGCAAGGGAGGAUGCUGUGGAAGGCUGGAGAGAAAUGUUGGGACCAAAAGAGAUAUCUGUAGCUGCUGAAAAUGCUCCAGACAGCUUAAGACAUCAGUUCCAUGUAGAGGACAGUCCUGUCAACCCUUUGCAUGGCUCUGACUCUCUGGAGGCUGCUGAGAAAGAAAUCCAACAACUCUUCCCUGUUCAAUCCACUGUGGCAGUCAUUAAACCUGAACUGGAACCUGACAAGCGAGAGGGGAUCAUCCAGCACAUCAAAGAAGCAGGCUUCAAGAUUCAGAUUCAAAAAGAGGUGACUUUAACUAAGGAUUUAGCAUCACAGUUCUAUCAUGAGCAUGAAGGAAAAGAAUUCUUUGAUGGUCUUACAGAUCAUAUGGCCAGUGGUCCAACAUUAUUUAUGGUACUGACAAGAGAGGAUGCAGUCAGUGGUUGGAGAGCUUUAAUGGGACCCACUGACCCACAGCAAGCCUUGGAAGUCAACCCAAAAUCUCUUCGUGCUCAGUUUGGUGUGGACACAAUGAAGAAUGCUGUGCAUGGCAGCUCUUCUGUUGAGAAGGCAAAAGCAGUCAUUGAGGGGUUCUUUCCAGAAGUAGAAAUUUUACCUGAUGGAACUGUUGCAGUUCCAAAGGAGGAAUCUGAAGGUGAGAAAGAUUCAAGUGCACCAAAAGAAGAGCUAGCAAAACAAGAUCUCCAGCUGAGUGAUGAGACAUUCAGUAAACCACUGGGAAUGGAAAAUGGAAGCAUCCCCCCUGAAGCCAUCACAGCAUCAUCUGAACUUGAUGAUAAACACAAUGCUUCAAGAGCUCGCCUAAACACCAAGCCUGAAGAUGAACUGAUGGGAGCCUGGGUUCCAUCACAAAGUGAUGAAAACCAGUGGCUCCAGGUGAAUCUUGGGAAAGUGACAAGGCUGGUAAAGAUUGCUACACAAGGAGAGGCUGGGGAGUCUGCAUCACGUCAUGUGAAACAGUUUGGUUUAUCUUAUAGCCUCCAGGGAGAAGAAUUUAUACCUUAUGUAGAGGAUGCUACUGAAAAGGUGUUUGAAGGCAAUUUAGACCAAGACAGCAUUGUAUACAACAGUCUCACAAAUCCCACAGUAACUCAGUUUGUAAGACUUAACCCAAAGACUUGGAAUGAAAACAUUGCAUUAAGAGUUGAAUUCUAUGGAUGCGAUGCAGGUUCGUACAGUGAACCACUAGGACUUGAAAAUGGACAUAUUUCCAGCGAAGCCAUAACCGCAUCAUCUGAACUUGAUGACAAACAUAGCGCAUCGAGAGCCCGCCUUAACUCUAAGCCUGAAGGUGAAUUGAUGGGAUCCUGGGUUCCACUGCAAAGUGAUGAAAACCAGUGGCUCCAGGUGGAUCUUGGAAAGAUUUUAGAGGUGACGAAAGUUAGCAUCCAGGGUGGUGGUGAUGGUGUGAGCAUGUAUGUUACCAGCUUCAUUUUGCUGUAUAGUGAAGAUGGAGAAACCUUUCAGGAUUACCAGGAAAAUAAUGCUGAAAAGGUGUUUGAGGGGAAUAAUGAUGGUGACACUGUCGUCAGUCAUUGGCUGGUACAACCUGUUAAAGCACGCUACUUCAGAUUGCAGCCCAAGACAUGGAAUGAACAGAUUGCUUUAAGAGUAGAGUUGUAUGGUAACACUGCACCAGGUGAAAUUCAAGAAACCCUGCUGUCAGAAAAAACUGAUGGAAACGUAGAGGACACCCCUAUAGACGAGAAGUUAAUUGAACAACCUCCAUCAGAAGUCCAACAACCACCUCCAGAAGAGGGCGAAGAUGAUGGUUCAAAAGGGGUAUUAAAUGAGGAUAGCAAUGAAAGUUCUACUCAAGUGAAAGAAGACCUUCAACAAGAGGCAACUGUAGACAACCCCGAGGGUGAAAGUAAGCCUGAAAUCGUAGAUGAGGAAACAGUGGCUAAGAAAGAGGAAGAUGAACCUAGCCAGAAAGGUGAAGUAGAAGUUCCGGAAGGACAGGCCGAGAAACAAGAAGAAGGUAAUGGAGGUGGUGAAGGGGGUGCUGAAGGACUACCUGAGGAUGGACAGGUUUCUGAAGAUGUCAAAGAGAGUACUGACGGAGAGAAAAAACCUGAAGAGGCUGUGAAGUCUGAAGAGGCUAAAGGUGAUGAGGAUAGCAAUUCAGCUGCCGAGGAAGCAACGGCUGCAGAUGAAGGUACGGCUCCAGUUGACGAAAGUGUAGCAGAGGAGGUUAAGAAUGAGGAAGGAAAACCAAAUGACGAAGCAACUUCUUGAACAUAUCGCCUUCAUUGCUCUUUUAUCGGUGUGUUAUUUAGAUUACUUUAAUUUGGUAUGUUUUUGUAGAAUAUUUUAUUGUCGUGUAUAUACCAACUUAAAGGCUUGUGUACAGAAAUCAUGAAUAAAAACUUGUACGUAGUUUGCAUA